UGCAUUGCUGGGGUGUUCGCUUUUAUAGCCGAUAUAUAGAUUCUUUCCUUUCUUAAAAAAAAAAAAAAUUCUAUAGAUUCUUUAAUCUUCCUGUAGCCAAUCUGGGUCUUUACGGACACAAUAGUUAUGGAUCUGAGUCUUGUUCUUGUUCUUGUUCUUCUUUUAUUUGUUUUUAUUCAUUAACGAGCUUUAACUAACACCGUUAUUAGGUUGGGCUUUAGUUUUAAGUGAGAUAAUAAGGUGGGUUUUCUGUUCUAUACAGUAGAGUAGGGUUUUAGGCAUUUGCUUUUGAAAAAAACGUUAAACCCAGAAUUGGGUCUGGUUUCCCUCCUCCACAAUCCAAACUCCAAAAUCUCUCCAAGAUGAGGAUAGCAGUAGAAGGGUGUAUGCAUGGGGACCUUGACACUGUCUACAAAACUCUUCAGUAUGCUGAAACCAAGAACAACUUCAAAAUCGACCUCCUCCUCUGUUGCGGCGACUUUCAGGCAGUGAGGAAUGAGAAGGAUCUGGAGAGCCUCAACGUGCCACGAAAGUACCGCUCCAUGAACUCCUUCUGGAAGUACUAUUCUGGCGAAGAAGUUGCUCCCUUUCCCACCAUUUUCAUCGGCGGAAACCACGAGGCCUCUAAUUAUAUGUGGGAAUUGUACCAUGGAGGAUGGGCAGCACCUAAUAUAUACUUUUUGGGGUUUGCUGGGGUGGUCAAGUUUGGGAACAUUCGUAUUGGUGGACUUUCUGGAAUUUACAAUCAACGCCAUUAUCAUUUAGGACACUAUGAGAGGCCUCCUUAUAAUGAGCAUACUAUUAGGUCAGUAUAUCAUGUUCGUGAAUAUGAUGUCCACCAGCUCCUGCAAGUUGAGGAACCGAUUGAUAUUUUUCUUUCACAUGAUUGGCCUGUUUGCAUCACUGAUUAUGGGAACUCAGAGGAACUUAUUCGACGCAAACCAUAUUUCAGGAAGGAGAUUGAGGAAAGAACUCUUGGAAGUGUAGCUGCUGCUCAACUUCUGGAAAAAUUGAAACCACCCUAUUGGUUUUCAGCUCACCUACAUUGCAAAUUUUCUGCUCUUGUUCAGCAUGGGGAAGGUGGCCCAGUGACAAAAUUUCUUGCACUUGAUAAGUGCCUUCCCGGUCGCCCAUUUUUACAGAUACUUGAAAUUGAAUCAGAGCCAGGACCUCAUGAGAUCCAGUAUGAUGAAGAAUGGCUAGCAAUAACACGGAGUUUCAACUCUGUCUUUCCUUUGACAGGGAAAAAGACAAAUUUUGGGAGUGUAGAUCUUCGCGUGGAAGAUAGUCGUCAAUGGCUUAAAAGCAGGCUACAAGAAAGAGGGGCCAAACCUUUUGAAUUUGUUCGAACAGUACCAUGUUACAAUCCCUCUCAAUCUGUCUCCAAUCAUUCCUUUUCUGGAUACCCUAGGAAUCCUCAAACAGUAUCUUACUUGCAGUUACUAGAACUUCCUUAUCUUCUUGAUUCCAUGCCAGAACCAAAGGAUGUAUCCUAUAGUCCUGCUUCAUUCAUUCAAAGAGGUUCUUUUAGUGAUGACAGCGAAACCAUUCCCAUUGAUGAUGUGGAUGAAUUGGAAGAACUUGCAGAAGUUGACGAUGAGGAAGCCAAAUACUACAAGAAUUUUCUUACCACCAAGAAAAAGUUGUCGUCUACCACUCACAUAGAUUGCUUGAACAAUAGAAGGCUAGAAACCCUUAUGGAGAAAAGACCAGUAGCUUUUUCUGCAACAGUACUCUUCACUACUGUUGUUGUUUUCUCCAUUGCUGCUUCUCCUUCCAGUGCCAACCUUUCAUUUAACUUCUAUGCAGCUUCAUGCCCACCAGCUGAGUUUAUGGUUAGAAACACAGUGAGAUCGGCUUCCUCUGUUGAUCCAACUGUUCCUGGGAAGCUUCUUCGCUUGCUGUUCCAUGAUUGCUUCGUGGAGGGUUGUGAUGCAUCUGUGCUGCUACAAGGAAAUGGGACGGAGCGAGAUGAUCCAGCAAACACAUCUCUUGGAGGAUUUUCAGUAAUAGAUUCAGCUAAAAGAGUACUAGAAAUCUUCUGUCCAGGAACUGUUUCUUGUGCUGAUAUUGUUGCUUUGGCUGCCAGAGACGCUGUUGAAAUGGCUGGCGGACCAGCAAUUCAGAUUCCAACAGGUAGAAGAGAUGGGAUAGUUUCAGCAGCUUCUAAUGUUAGGCCUAAUAUUGCAGACACAAUUUUUUCAGUGGAUGACAUGAAAAAGCUCUUCUCUUCUAAAGGAUUGUCCUUGGAUGACCUUGUCACCCUUUCAGGAGCUCACACCAUUGGAGCAGCUCACUGCAGCGCAUUCAAUGAUCGCUUUCAAGAAAUCUCCAAUGGGAAUCUCAAACUCAUUGACGCAUCCCUUAACAGUACUUAUGCUGGAGAGCUCAUGAAACAGUGCCCUGCAAGAGCAAGCCCCUCUGUAACUGUUAAUAAUGAUCCUGAGACAUCUUUCAUGUUUGACAACCAGUACUACCGAAAUCUUUUAGCCCACAAGGGGCUAUUCCAAUCAGAUUCCGUUCUGUUAGAUGAUAACAGAACGCGGAAACAAGUAGUGGAUUUCGCAAAUAACCAAGUUGGCUUUUUUGAGAGUUGGGGUCAGUCAUUUUUGAAGCUUACUAGCAUUGAUGUAAAAACAGGUGAUGAAGGAGAAAUUAGAAGAUCUUGUUCAACAACGAAUGAGUAAAGAACUACCAAUCCUUUCGAGGGAACUACACUGAAACAAAAUGGUACUUCCGAAGUAUUACUCAAAUAAUGCCUACAAGAUGCUUAAUUAGAACAGCUUUUACAUUCAUAUACAAACCCAGUAAAGUUUAUAUUUUCAGUUGUAACUUGUAAGUCUCAUUGUUUGUUUGUGUGUCUGGAUUUUGGUGAUGUUUUUCAAUUUUCAUUAGGGAUAUUGUGUUGUAUUUAUGGAAAUAGUUUGUAAGCUUUUGUUACUGUUGACAUUGUGUAUAUACUUUUCCUUGCAUUGGUUUGUA